CUAAAGUCCAUCCCACUCUUGAACAAGUUUCUUCCAGGAAAAGAUGAGAAGCAGCUAUUGAUAGAGUCCCUCCUCGAACAGCAGCGCAAAUGCACAAGCUACAAGAACUGGUACCAAAUAUCCUUAAAGUUGGAUGAGUUACUAAACAACAACUCGUGGAAGUCAAACCCAGAAUCCGAUUUAUACGACCACAACUUAAUCUUCAAAAAUCUCAGCGAGAUGAGAAAUGCAAGACUCGCAAACGACUACAAGCUCUUGCUAUAUGUAAUCAGAACUAAGUGGAUAAGAAAUUUGGGGAACAUGGGAGAUAUAAACUUGUACCGGCAUUCUUACGUGGGUACUAAAAGACUCAUCGAAGAGUACAUCAAUGAGUGUCAAACUUCUCUCGACUACUUGAUAAAUGAUCCUAGGGUGAAUUUAGAGGAUAGUUAUUUGCUAGGAAUGCUUAUUCAAACAAGAAGAAAUAUAGGCAGAACAGCAUUGGUGCUCUCUGGAGGUAGUACGUUUGGAAUCUUUCAUAUUGGGGUACUCAUAACUUUGCUCGAGGCCAACUUGUUACCCAGAAUAAUCAGUGGCUCUUCUGCGGGAUCUAUUGUGGCUAGUAUUUUGUGCUGUCACACAAAUGAGGAGACACCUGAGCUUUUGAGCGGACUAACUCAAAAAACAUUCAAUAUUUUUGGUGAAGAAGAACCUGAUUCCGACGGCGAUCAGGCUCUGUGCUCCCAUAGUAAGUUCAAAAGAUUACUCAACAAUUUGAGCCAUCUCAUCAAAUAUGGUACCUUAUUCGACAUGUCUGGCCUUAAGAAUACUAUGAUCGAAUUUAUCGGUGACCUCACUUUCAGAGAAGCGUAUAAUCGGACUGGUAAAAUCCUCAAUAUCACAGUAAGUCCUGCAUCAAUUCAUGAACAGACCAGAUUAUUGAAUUACUUGACUGCUCCUAAUUGUUUGAUUUGGUCAGCAGUUUGUGCCAGUUGUUCUUUACCUGGAUUCUUCCCAUCGAACUCCAUUUAUGAGAAAACACCACGUACGAAUGAAGUGCACGAAUGGAAUAAUGACGCUUCCAUGAAAUAUGUGGAUGGGUCCGUUGAUAAUGAUUUACCCAUCACCAGAUUGUCAGAAAUGUUUAAUGUUGAUAAUAUUAUUGCUGUACAGGUCAAUCCACAUGUGGUUCCUAUCCUCAAAGUUUCUGUUGGUAACAUUGGUGGAGAAAUUGAAAAUCACUUGAGCAGUAGAUUCAAGGGCUUCUUAAACAAUGUUUACGAUUUCAUGAGUUGCGAAGUUAUACAUUAUCUUCAGCUACUUAACGAAAUGGAUAUCUACAAGAACCUUUCCAACAAACUUAUAUCAAUUUUAUCCCAAAAUUACAGUGGUGAUAUCACUAUAUUGGCUGAUUUUAAACCCUCUGACUUUGCUAAAGUGUUUGACAACCCGACUUCGGAAUUUUUGCUUGAGUUUAUUGUAAGAGGGGCUCGUGCUUCAUGGCCAAAAGUUACCGUUAUUAAUAAUUACUGUGGUGUUGAAUUCGCGUUGGAUAAAGCCAUUAGUUUAUUGAGGGGAAGGUUAAUUACCUCAGUGCGUCACACUUCGAAACAUAAAAAGAGUGUCAGUGGAGAUAAGCUUAUUACAUUCAAGGAAGACAAAAAUAUCCAUACACUUGUGAGUUCGCCGGUGUUGAGCAACGAAACUGGUGAGUUUGAAUCCACUCCGGAAAAUUUUAAUAAGACUCCCCCUGCUUUUAAAAGGCACAGUACCAGCUCUGAUAUAUUCAAGAAGAAGAAUCUUCAAGCAGCUGGCAACAUUUCCCAAUCCAACACAUGGCACCAAGGGUUUAAUAAGACCAAGAAGAAGUUCACCAAGGGCAAAUCGACUACCUCCUUAGCAUCACUUGGCGUCCCUAUUCAGUCACCCGCAUCUGAUGAUUCUACCUUGUUGAAUGACGAUGACCAUAAGGAAGAGCAUUUCGUUAGGUCUAAUUCCAUGGAUCAAAAGAAGUACGGAAGAAGAAAUAUAAAGAAAGCUAAAAGCUCUUCUAACUUCCUUGGAAAUGACAUAUCCAAGUCUGGGUCUAAGUCUCCAAUGAAAGUUAAAAUCCAAAGAUUUCAAUCAGAAAGAGUACCUUCUCAUAUUGUUAAUCCGUACUUAGAGUCUAUGCCACUACCAGAUAGUCCCAAAAAAAUCUGCAAUGUGGAAAACAAGGACAAGGCAAACUUUCCAAAAUUGUCAGCUAACAAUUCUAACAGGAACUCAUUCGUUGGAUUGAGCAGACUAAAGGAAAAUGAUUUCGUUUCGAAGAGCAGU